AUGAUGGGGAUGGUCCUCUCGGCGAGCACCACGGUGCUCGCGGAUUCGACCAUCCGCCUGACUAACUACCAUUCCGACGACGCCUUCUGUGAGGAGGACGGCAUCUGCGGCGCUCCGCUCGCCGGCGGCACUCUCUCGGCCGACGGCUCGCCGGGCGCCGGUGCCAAGGUGCUCCGCCUGCUGGAUCCGCUCCCGGCGGUCGAGGCGCUGCUCGACGGCGGUGCGGCGGCGCGGCUUGCGGACUCGCUCGGCGAACACCAGGUCGAGUUCUCGCCCCAACUUCGCCUGACGGCAUUUGAGCACGCGUGGCGCCUCCGACCGGAGGGCGGGGCGGGCAUGGCGGCCUUUGCGCGGGCAGGAGUCGACAUGGCCCUCGCCGGCAUCGGCGCGCACGAGGCGGCCGCACGCCCGGCGCGGACGGUGGGCGAGCUUAGCGUGAGGGACGCCGGCGCGGCGGGCGCCACGCGACGUGCCCUCAGUUUGUGGCGCACGCAGGGCGUCGUCGUCUUCCCCGCGCUCCUCGCGCCCGCAGACGUGCGUGCGCUGCAGUCGCACGCGCGUGCCGACGGCGCCGAGCAGGAGGCGCCGGUGGACCGCACCGCCAACAUCCGCUCGCCCGCCAACCGCACGCUUCGGGCGAUCCCGGUCGCGCACGCCGCCGAGGCCCUCUCGGCGCUCGCGGCAAGGCUCGACUCGUUCCUCGGCUACGCGCUGCAGAGCCGCCGCCGCCUACUCCUCGAGAUUGGGCUGAUGCGCGUGCUGGCGGGUGCGGCCGACCAAGGGUGGCAUCGAGACGACGGCAUCCUUGAUGGGCGCAUCGCGUCCGUGCAGAUCGCCCUCGUCGACACGGCGGCGGAGCAGGGCGCCCUCGAGGUGCUACCCGCGAGCCACACGCACACGGAGAAGCCUGAUGAGGGCGCGGACGGCGUGGCGGUGGCCGUGCCCGCCGGCUCGGUCACGGUGUACACGCCGAACGUGGUGCACCGCGGCAGGGCCAACGCGCUCCGCGAGACGCGCUUGUCGCUCGUGCUCACCGUGAUGGGGGCGAGCGGUUUGGUGCCCAACGGUAUCCCGCUUGCCGUCCAGCCGGAGGACGCGGGGCGAUGGUGGCUCGAGGGAGGAGAGUUGCGCGAGGUGGACCCAACGGGCGGAGAGCAUUAG